CGGGGAGCCCUGGUUGAGAAUCUGCACGCUGCCGUCCGCCAUGCCGAAAUAGGCCGCGACGGGCUUCUGUGCACCGCCUUCAUCCUUUGCAUCCAGACCGCUUCUGCCGUAGAAGAGGCCAAUCUCACAGACGCCAACCAGAGACUUGAGUUUGGCCGCGAGCCUGUCGACACUCCAGAUUCCAUUCUCGCCGGUUCCACCCUCGUCUCCGGCCAGCAGCAGCGGGGUGAAGGGGGCGUCGAUGAUGUGCAUACCGUUGCGCGGCGAGUGCGCGCCGAGCCUCUCCAGCUCGGCCAGCACGUGGUCUGCCGCCUUGGGGAGGACCUCGAUGGGGAUCCCCUGCUUCCACUGGGUGCCCAGGUUCCUCGAGAGCUUGCGGAAGUCGCCGAUGCAGACAAAGGUACGCGAGGCCACGGCGACGAUCUUUUCCUGCCACAGACAGCCGCCGCCACCCUUGAUCAGGUUGAGGUCGGCGUCGGCCUCGUCGGCGCCAUCAAAGUAGACAUCAAGCAGCCUGCCAUGGGGCCGGUCCUCGAUCGGGGCCGCCCGGAGCCCACCGGCCUUGAUGAGGCCCUUUGA